GCUUCGUACUAUCACGUAAUUCUGUUCAGUUGGGAGAGGUAUGUUGCAAUUGUAAAGCCUAUGAAGUACAAAGCUAUAGUAACCGAGAAAUGCUUGACAAGAUUAGCGAUAAUCGCUUGGAUGACAGCCCUUACAACAUCGGUCUUAUUUCUCGCAUUAGAAGCUACUGCGGUUUCCAAAAUGGUACUUCGUGUUAUAUUUGCUAUUGUCCAGUUACUCGCUUUUAUCCUUAUGGUGUAUUUUUAUUCCAUGGUUUAUAUCGGAAUACGAAAACGGAACCGAAGCCAAUUUAGCCACGUCAAUGCUCUGAUCAAAGCGAGGAUGGAAAGUAAAACGGCUUUGACGGUGUUUCUGCUAACAAUUGCCAUUUUAAUCGCUAUCGUUCCUUUGGGGGUUGCACUCGUCUUAGCGCAACGUUCCCUUUUUUUUCGUGAAAUUUCAGUUUUGCGAUGGGCAGAAACUUUCCUCCGGUUAAACUCCAUUGUAAAUCCUGCGCUGUAUUUUUAUAGACACAGGAAAUAUAGGGAAGCUGCUCUUAGACUGCUAAGUAAGCCACGGGAAAUUCAGCCA